AAAAGGAAAUAUUAUUUCAGUCGCACAAUAAUUGAAUAUUUUAUAUUUAGCAUUAAUUUUAUUUUUUAUAUUAAAAAUUAUCAUCUAAAAAUUUAUAUUGUAAAAUACUUUUUAUCUUUACUUAAUUCAUUAAUCAUUAAAAAGAAAAAAAAACUAAUAAAUUUUAGUCUCAUAUUAUUUUUGUAAUGAUAAGAAUUUCAGUCCAACUUGUUUUGGAGACAAGAGAAAAAAAAAAAUAUUCUUUUUGAUAAAAACAGAUGUUUAUUAAUAACAUUUGAAUAGUUACGUGACCUAACUCUUCAAGGUAUCAACAAUUUUAUAUGCUGACUUGCGGAAAAUAUUGAUACUAUAACCAAAUUUACAGAAAAUACAUAAUCAUCUGUGUAGAAAACAAAAAAAAUAAAUAAAAACACACCGGUACAAAUAUUAAAAUUAAAAGAUAUAAUUCAUUCAAAAGAUAAGUAAUGACUGAAUGAGUUACCAAGUUUAUCGAGUCAUUUGCAAGUGAAAAUUUUUAUAAAUUAUUUAUUUUAAAACUGAUUAAAGCACCAACCUCAUCAAGCAAUAAAUCAUGACAACGAACGACAGUGGAGCAAAAAGUAAGCCACUAGGUGUUGAAUUUGGUCUUGGUGCACUUGCUGCAACUGGUGCUGGAAUAUUUACAAAUCCAAUUGAUGUUAUUAAAAUACGUUUACAAUUACAAGGUGAAUUGGCAGCAAAAGGAACUUAUGAAAAAUUAUAUAAAAAUACAUUUCAUGCUGGUUAUACGAUAGCUAAACAUGAAGGAAUUUUAUCAUUACAAUCAGCACUUGGUUCUGCACUUGCAUUUCAAGUUGUAUUAAAUGGUAUUAGAAUUGGUUCAUUUAAAUUUGCUAGAACACAAGGAUGGAUUGUUGAUAAUGAUGGACAAACAAAUGUACCUAAAACAGCAUUAAUGAGUGGAGUUUCUGGUUACGUAGCUGGAAUUCUUGCUAGUCCAUUUUACCUGGUAAAAACUCAAAUACAAUCACAAUCAGUUGAAUCAAUAGCUGUUGGACAUCAACACAAUCAUAAAAGUCAAUUUUCAGCAUAUGCUAAAUUAUGGAAUGAAGGUGGUAUUCUUGGUCUUUAUCAACGAUGUACUGCUGGUGGUGCUAGAUUAUUUGUUGGAUCAGCAACACAGCUAACGUCAUUCAGUUUUGCCAGAGACUGGUUACAACAAUUUUCGGUGUUCGACAGUCGACCAAUGGUGUUAACAUUUUGUUCGUCAGUUGUUGGUGGAAUUGCGGUUGCACUGGCAGUACAGCCAGUUGAUGUUAUUUCAUCAAGACUCUACAAUCAAGCACCUGAUGCAGAUGGAAAACUUGUUUAUCGUGGAAUAACUGAUGCUUUUAUUAAAAUAUUACGAACUGAAGGUUUUACUGGAUUAUACAAAGGUGUUUUUCCAACUAUGAUCAGAAUAGCACCACACACUGUGCUUUGUUUAUGUUUUUAUGAUCAAUUAGAAAUAUAUUACGACCGUUUUAUCAGUUAAUGUUAUUUAAUAUUCAUUCAAAUCAGUAGGUUUGUGUUUAGACUUUUAGAUUAACGAUAAUUCUUGUUAUCAAUAUAUAUAUUUUUUUUUUUUAUUUUAAAUGAAAAAAUAUUAUUGAAAUAUUGUUGAAAAAUAAUGUACAGUUUUUGUUAAACUAUAAAAUAUUUAAUUUAAACAUUGUGAAUUAAUAAAUAAUUUUAUAAAUAAUGUUAAAAUUGUUUUUUUUUUAUUUUAAUUUAAAUUGUAAUGAAUUUUGAAUUAAUUUGUAAUUACAACACGUGCGUAAACACAAUUAUUUCAUUAUAUAUUCAUUAAUGAAUAAAUAUGAGGUUUUAAAUAUUUUCUUGUAUUUAGUAAGUCAAGCAUAUAUCACAUAAAUUUAUACGAGUUCUGAGAAUUUAUGUCAAUGACCUUUUGCCAAUUUUUCUUUAACUUAAUAUUAUUUAAUUGUAAUUACUUUUUCACCCUUUAUACACACACAAGUAUAAUCUCAAAGAAUUGAUCGAUCGAAAAUAGCUGUCUUGUGUUGUCUGUAUUUUUUUAUGUCUCGCUUUCAUGGCAAGAUGACCAAUCCUUGUUCAAGACGACGAAUAAACCACAAAAUGUAUUUUUUUUUUUUUUUUUUUGCAAACUAAAUGGCAAUUUUUAUUUUCACAUACAUGUGUAAGCUACUGAAAAAUAUAUUAAAACAAACUAAAAGAAAUAAAAAAUUUAAGUUGAAUGUACUUUGUGCCAAACAAGAUAACGAGUGUUAAUAAAUUUAAAAAUAAAAUAAUUGAAU